CCGGGCGGUGGGCUGCGCGGCUGCUGCCCUGCUGCGGCUGGAGAGGGAGUUUGACAGCAGCUGUGCUAUUGGAGACAAACAAGGACGUGUGUUAGGGGAUUUUUUUUACCUUCUUGUUCCCCCACCCCCUGGUCAUAGCUUUGACAGUCUCAUAGGCUGACGAGUUUCUCGGCGAUAUGGCAGCUUCGGUCUGGACUGUUCAAUGCAAGUCUGAUGAGUGAGUCAGUCGCUGGCCCUGUCCGCCAUAAUGGUAGACAUGGAGAGCCACUACUGCCCCCCGUCUCCCCUGGAGGAGUCGGUGCUGGGCAGCCCACUGUGUGGGGACUUCAUCGGCAGCAUAGAGGACCUGCAGGACAUCUCCCAGUCCAUUGAUGAUGACGCCCUCAGCUCCUUCGACGUGCCCGAGUACCAGUCUUCCAGUCUGGGCUCCGGCUCUGAGAGCUCCACCAUGCUGGACGCCCUGACGCCGGCGUCCAGUCCAUCCUCAGGUGUGUAUGGAACGGUCCCCGGGCAAGAGGAGUUCUCCUCGACCUCGCUGAACCUGGAGUGUCGCGUGUGUGCCGACCGCGCCUCGGGAUACCACUACGGCGUCCACGCCUGUGAGGGCUGUAAGGGUUUCUUCAGGAGAACCAUUCGCCUCAAGCUGGAGUACGAGAAGUGUGAGCGGCACUGCAAGAUCCAGAAGAAGAACCGAAACAAGUGCCAAUACUGCCGCUUCCAGAAGUGCCUGUCCGUGGGCAUGUCCCACAAUGCUAUCCGUUUCGGCCGGAUGCCCCAGUCGGAGAAGCUGAAGCUGAAAGCGGAGAUUCUGACGGGGGACCGGGAUGUGGGGGAUCCGCGGGUGGCUGACCAGAAGACGCUGGCUAAGCAGAUCUACGAGGCCUACCUGAAGAACUUCAACAUGAACAAGUCCAAAGCAAGAACCAUUCUCACGGGCAAGACCAGCACACCGCCCUUUGUCAUCCAUGACAUGGAGACGCUGCAGCUAGCUGAGAAGACGCUGGUGGCCAAGAUGGUGGGCUCGGCCGCGGGCAGUCUCCAGCACAAAGAGGCCGAGGUGCGCAUCUUCCACUGCUGCCAGUGCACCUCCGUGGAGACGGUCACUGAGCUGACCGAGUUCGCCAAGUGCGUGCCGGGCUUCUCGGGCCUGGACCUGAACGACCAGGUGACACUGCUCAAGUACGGCGUGUACGAGGCGCUCUUCGCCAUGCUGGCCUCGUGCAUGAACAAGGACGGGCUGCUGGUGGCCUACGGCAGCGGCUUCAUCACGCGCGAGUUCCUCAAGAGCCUGCGCCGGCCCUUCAGCGACAUGAUGGAGCCGAAGUUCCAGUUCGCCAUGAAGUUCAACGCGCUGGAGCUGGACGACAGUGACCUGGCCCUGUUUGUGGCCGCCAUCAUCUGCUGCGGAGACCGGCCGGGCCUGGUGAACGUUGCGCACAUCGAGCGCAUGCAGGAGGGCAUCGUCCACGUGCUACGACUCCACCUGCUGGCCAACCACCCGGACGACGCCUUCCUCUUUCCCAGGCUGCUGCAGAAGCUGGCCGACCUGAGGCAGCUGGUGACGGAGCACGCGCAGCUGGUGCAGGAGAUGAAGAAGACGGAGGACAUGUCGCUGCACCCCCUCCUGCAGGAGAUCUACAGGGACAUGUACUGAGGAGGAGGACAUGUCGCUGCACCCCCUCCUGCAGGAGAUCUACAGGGACAUGUACUGAGGAGGAGGACCCCCAACACCCCCAUGUCAUCCUCUUUAGCAGGCUUGCGCUGUGAUACUCCAAGCAUGUGUGUGUGUGUGUGUGUGUGUGAGAGAGAGAAUGUUUGUGUGUAUAUGUGUGUGCAAGUGGUUCCCAACUGAAACACUGCAGAGGAGACAAAGAGCCCACUCUGGGUGACCCUGGGGGGGUGCAGACAUGAACACUGACCCCUGACCCCAUCCACGUCAGCCGCUCCUUGACGCAACUCCAGAGGAUCUUGGGUAUUUUAGGGUCCCGGCGACGGCGAACUCACGGGUGUCUGAAGGGGAAGACCAAGGUCACAGCAACAGCAGCCACGAGAGCCACUGGACAGGUGGGCGGGUUUUGGGGUGUGAGGGGGGGGGGGGGUUGAUUGAUGUCGGCAAUGAGGACUCAGUGCAGAGCCUUGACCUUCAUACUCUCAGAAGCACUAUCCCUUGGCUAACUCAAAUUCUAUGGUUUUGCUCUCAGAAGCACUAUCCCUUGGCUAACUCAAAUUCUAUGGUUUUGCUCUCAGAAGCACUAUCCCUUGGCUAACUCAAAUUCUAUGGUUUUGACAUUAAUGGAGCCACUAGAGAGUGUGUGUGAGCUAGAACUGCUGACGUGCUCCUCCAUGACCAGCUGUAUCUCCUACAUUGUGUAUUACUAAAGAGCCGCACGUCAAUGGUCAGAAUGACACCUUUAGAUUUACAGCAGUGACACCCAAGUGACUUCAGCAUAGAGCGCUGCCAUCCAAUGCAAUGCAACUGACUGUGUGUAAUAAUAAAUACUCAGGGCCAGGCACUUUGCUCCCCACAGUCUCUGGGAGCGAUUUGAUAACCAGCAACUGACUUCCACACCGUUCAACCACUGAAUCGCUUAGCGAAAUGUAACACCAAGCCAUGUACUGUUAAAGCCACCACUGUCUGUUAGUCUGGUAUUAAUAUCAGUCAAGGUCAUGAGUGAAACUGUGGUUCAGCCAUCAAUCAAUGCCCUGUGCUUUUUCUCUGCAAGCGUUAUUUGCCUGUUUGAGUGUCUUUGUGUUGCGUGCCACCAUUCUUUGCUUUAAAACCUGGUUUGAGGUCAAGGGCGCAGUGUUGAGAUAAAGUCCCUAGACACUCCUUUUAACACUGCAAGCCUUUGCCUGGACUUUGUCCCUAGCAGGCAGAAGGACAUCUUAUACAUACCACCACAAUAUUAGUCCCUGAUUUCAAGACUUUUCUUACAGUCUGAAUGGGGCUACUCGCCACAUCCUUCAUUCAUUUGGCUUUUCACUGAUACCAUUGUCAAAUCUAUAUUAUUAUUAACCUGCAGUAUGUUUAUGAUGAUAUAAUUAGUAUCAUAAACACAUAGUCUGAUUUUAAUGAAUUGAGAGUAUGAACGUGGACAAUAACCCAGAGAUUUUAUUAAUUAAAUUAUAGAUUUUAUGCUCUUAAUUUGCUGUUAACUAAUGAAAUAAUUGUGUCACUCACUGCAUUAGAUGUGUUCUGGCGUGGACAGCUCUGUGUUAUUAAUUUCACUGCUCUGUGAAGCCUGUAGGGAGUGUGGUGUAAGUGCACAAACAACCCCACUGUGCUCAAGGCAUGUUGACAGGCUGGCUUUCAUGAAAUAUUGCUGUUGUGUCUGAUUGAACUCCAGCGCGUCCUAAUCUGACUCGGUCACGUCCUGUGACUUUGUCCCCCUGGCAUUGAAGCCAUAUGGAAACAUGGCACGUUGGAGGCAUGCUUUUCACCCGUGUAAGCUCAACUCAGGUUCCUGAGUAGGGGAUUUUCCCCUCGCCUGUGACUCUACUGCCGAUACUCCAACGGCAUGGCUUAACCAAGCCUAAAUGUGCCAUGCCGUACAGCACCAAAUGUGUUUUUUAGGGGUUAUGACUGUGAUUGGCACGGUCACCUUCUCAAAUCUGAGUGUUUGUUUGAACAAUUCAUGUCAGAACAAUUUAUACAGAAGAAAUGCUAAAGAAUAAAGGUUAUGAUCCCUUCUACACAAGAAAGCCAGAGUAAUGAUCCUAUCCACGAGAAAACUUGCAUUUCACUGUAGUCACCACAAAAUGGGUACGCAUAUGGCCAAUUCUCUGGGGCUACAUUCACCAGAGUAAGAUCAUUUUCUUGUUCAGGCAGUGGUGGUUUGCAACACUAUCAUAACAUCACAUGAAAAUGACUGACAGCCGACGUGACUGAACAGCACAUAGGUUCACUGAGUACAUGCGAUACUCAAGCACAGCACACAACCGUGCGCAUUAAUACCUCACUUUACAGAUGCCUUCUGACUAAACAAAUGCUUCACACUCCAGCUUGGGAAAGUGUAUUUAGUGUUAAAGGGCUAGCUGAAAUACAAACAGAACGCUAUUUUAAAGAUUAAAACAGGUUAAGGUUUGCUCUCUCUCUCUCUCUCUCUCUCUGUUUCUAUCUCUCUCUCGUCUUCUUUAAUACUCCACCUCUAUUCUUGCACUCUCUCCCAUCCCCUCUUUCUGUCACACUCUUAACCACAGUGCCUCCUCUGGGCUAGCAUGCUGAGUCCCACUGUCUGUCGGGUUAAAGUCUCACUGGUUAGAUUGUGAUCUUCAGUUGUCUCCUCAUGUAUAGUAGAUUCUUGUCUCUUUAAGACAAGCUGUAAUAGCUGCACUCCAGCCAUGCUUUGCUCCUGAUUCCAUAAAAUGUCAUCCUGGAGGAUCUGUAGUUGUUGUUUUUUGUUUGUUUUUUUCCAGUGUGACUGAUAGGUUACUGUAGAGGCUUUGG